AUGAGAAAUCCGAAGCAUUAUCGGUCUUCCGGCGUUGCCGCUUCCUCUGCCGAUAGAACACCAAAGAGCUCUGCUUCCCGGCGGCUUAAUCUCGACCUCCAAAUAUCUUAUUCGGAAGUCAUCUUUGCGACAAACAAUUUCGAAGAGAAUCUCUUCAUCGGCGCCGCCGGGUUCAGUAAAGUGUACAAAGGAGUCCUCGGCGACGGCACCAAAGUCGCCGUGAAGCGCGACGUGCCUGGUUCGCGACAGGGAUACCCUGAAUUCCAAACAGAGAUCGUUGUACUCUCCCGAAUCCGUCACCAGUACCUCGUCUCCCUCAUCGGCUACUGUGAAGAUCAUUCAGAGAUGAUUCUGGUCUACGAGUACAUAGAAAAAAGGCACUCUAAAGAGCUAUCUUUACGUCUCCAAUCUCCCCUGUUUGUUCUGAAAACAAAGAUUACCACGGGGCAUUACAUCAGCAUGGGAUGCAAGAGUGCAUGCAGCUGCUCGUAUUACUGA